GAUCUUCGUGGUGCCCGCCACCUCCUCACUUCCCAGCAUUCCUUGCCUGGCAUCCCCGUGGCCUUGAAACAGUCCAUUGACCUGCGCACAUCCAUGGACGGGAAGUACAAAGAGAUUGCUGAGGAGCUGUUCUCCCGCACUCUGGCAGAGAGUGAGAUGCGCAGCGCUCCCUAUGAAUUUCCAGAGGACAGCCCCAUCGAACAGCUGGAGGAGAGACGUCAUCGCCUCGAGCGGCAGAUCAGCCAGGAUGUCAAGUUUGAACCCGACAUCCUCCUGCGAGCCAAACAGGAGUUCAUGAAGACAGACAGUGCCACAGAUCUGGAAUACAUGAAGGAGCAGAGCCAAGCUCCCGUCCUACAGGAGAGAGAACUGGUUCCAGAGCGAGAGUACCAGAGAGUCACUAUUUCUGGAGAGGAGAAAUGUGGGGUUCCCUUCACAGAUCUGUUGGAUGCUGCCAAAUGUGUGGUGAAGGCUCUGUUCAUCAGACAGAAGUACAUGGGCCUAUCGCUGCAAAGUUUCUGCAGGACCACCGCUCGUUACCUGCAGGAGCUGAGUGAGAGACCUCUGGACUUAGAUAUCUAUGAGGAGGAGAUCCCAGAGACCACAGCCACUGCAGAUGCCACAGUGCACCCACCUGUUUCUGAAACGCACCCCUACGAGAACCAGGACCCUGCCAGCAUGCCCCCUGACACGGGUUACGGGUGCAAGAUGGUGGAUGGUGUCAUGCAUGUGUACACGACGAGGAACGUCAUGGAAAAGAGCACAGAGCUGGACCUGCCGUAUCCAGACCUGCAGGAGUACAUUGCUGACAUGAACGUCAUGAUGGCCCUCAUUAUCAAUGGACCAGUAAAGUCCUUCUGCUACCGUCGUCUGCAGUAUCUUAGCUCCAAGUUCCAGAUGCACAUCCUGCUGAAUGAGAUGAAAGAGCUGGCAGCACAGAAGCAAGUCCCACAUCGAGACUUUUACAAUAUCCGUAAGGUCGACACACACAUUCACGCUUCGUCUUGCAUGAACCAGAAGCACCUUCUGCGUUUUAUCAAAAGGGCCAUGAAGAAGUAUCCUAAAGAGAUUGUGCAUGUGGAAAGAGGCAAAGGUCAGACGCUCAUGGAGGUGUUUGAGAGCAUGAACCUGACAGCCUUUGACCUGAGUGUGGACACCCUGGAUAUGCACGCAGACCGCAACACUUUUCACCGCUUCGACAAGUUCAACGCCAAAUACAAUCCCAUUGGCGAGUCCAUCCUGAGAGAGAUCUUCAUCAAAACAGACAACCACAUCGAGGGGAAAUACUUUGGGCACAUCAUUAAGGAGGUGAUGGCUGACCUGGAGGAGAGCAAGUACCAGAACGUGGAGCUCAGGCUGUCCAUCUACGGGCGCUCCAGAGAUGAGUGGGACAAGCUGGCCAAGUGGGCCGUCAAACAUCGGGUCUACUCCAAUAAUGUGCGCUGGCUUGUGCAAGUGCCUCGACUCUUUGACGUCUACCACACAAAGAAACAGCUGUGUAACUUUCAAGAGAUGCUGGAGAAUAUCUUCAUGCCUCUGUUCGAGGUUACAGUCAACCCCAGCAGCCAUCCAGAGCUGCACCUCUUCCUUCAGCACGUGGUGGGUUUUGACAGUGUGGAUGAUGAGUCAAAACCAGAGCAACAUAUCUUCAACCUGGACAGUCCGCUGCCUGUCAAUUGGACAGAGGAGGACAACCCGCCCUAUUCCUACUACCUCUACUAUAUGUAUGCAAACAUGACUGUGCUGAAUCACCUGCGCAGGCAGCAGGGGUUUCACACACUUGUCCUACGUCCUCAUUGUGGGGAGGCUGGGCCAAUCCAUCACCUGGUGUCUGGUUUCAUGCUGUCAGAGAACAUCUCCCACGGGCUGCUGCUCAGGAAGGCUCCUGUGCUGCAGUAUCUGUACUACUUGGCCCAGAUAGGAAUCGCUAUGUCCCCUCUCAGCAACAACAGCCUGUUCCUCAGCUACCAUCGUAACCCUCUACCAGAGUACCUGUCCAGAGGCCUCAUGGUCUCUCUGUCCACAGAUGACCCGCUGCAGUUUCACUUCACCAAGGAGCCCUUGAUGGAAGAGUACAGCAUUGCUGCUCAGGUGUGGAAGCUGAGCUCCUGUGACAUGUGUGAGCUGGCCAGAAACAGUGUGCUGAUGAGUGGAUUCUGUCAUAGGGUGAAGAGCUCCUGGCUCGGCCCCAACUACAUCAAGGAGGGGCAGGAGAGCAAUGACAUCAGGCGCACCAACGUUCCUGACAUCCGUGUGGCGUACCGGUAUGAGACCAUGUGUGAGGAGCUGAAUUUAAUCACACAGGCCAUCCGCACAGAUGAGCUGGAGACCAUCGAGGAGGAGGGGAGUCUGUGUAUGGGAGCUGUGCAGGGAGAGAAGUGAAACAUGAGGCACAACACAAACACGAUUCUCACAACAUUCCCUGUCUUCACAUCAGGACUUUGUACAGACUUU